AUGCGCUCAGCAAUCUUUUUCACCACACUGGCCCUCUUCCUUCCUGCUGCCUUUGCCGAGGAACUCAACGCAGAUGAUGUACCCACCGCUUGCAAGACAAUCUGCCAGCCCGUCGUCAACCUCACCAACGCAUGCGACAUUGACCCCAAGGGUCCCGAGAAGCACAGCGAUAGACGAAGGGAUCUUGUCAUCCUCGAUCACGAAGACGACGACGAGCCCAUCGAAGCGGCUUGUAUCUGCACGAACAAGAGCUUUGACGUCGAAGGCGUGAUGGGGCUGUGCGCGAGCUGUAUGGCGCAGAAUAGCAAGGACACAGAAGAUAUUGAUAAAAUAAUGUCGCAAUGCUCCUUCUCGUCAACCUCUUACGUACGCGCAGCAACGAGUGUAGUCUCUGGCAUCGAGGUUCAGGCUACCCAGCCCGCUGCAACAGUCACGCCAAUAGCUACAACCACUGCUGCCGCGGCUACAGCGACUGAAACUGUCGGCAACAGUGCUGGGAAAAUCAAGGGCUCUUUCAUGGCGGUUACAUGCGUCAGCUUGGUGCUAUUGUGCGUUCUGUAA